UUACACCCACCUGCCCAGCUUCCCCACGUCCUUACAGUCAAGAAAAUCAAAUAUCCUGAUCACUUCCGUCAGAUUCUUUGUGUCACACCAUAUACAUUUGAUCGAAUCACAGCAAAAAUCUGCACUGACCCUGUCUUCGCCAACCAUUCACCCUGUGAGCAGCAUCCUGUCGACGUACAGCUUGCUGUAACUCUGUAUUGGUUUGGCCAUAGCGGAAAUGCAGCAGGUCAGUCAGCUGUUGCUCAUUGGGCAGGAGUGGGUCAUGGUACUGUGUCCCUGAUGACGAGGAGAGUUAUGACUGCCAUUCUUCGGCCUGAUUUCAUGGCCGAAGCAGUCCGUUUUCCCACUGUGGAAGAGAAAGAGGCAGCAAAAUCUUGGGUUGAAGCUCGCUCGUGCAAGGCAUGGCGUGGUGGCUGGUGCCUCGUUGAUGGCACUUUAAUUCCACUGUACGACCGCCCUCACUGGUAUGGAGAAAGCUACUUCAAUCGAAAAUGUAAUUAUUCACUGAAUAUUCAA